CCAGUAUUGAUCAGUGUGUGUUUACGUAGAGAGCUGAGCAGUGUCUUUUCUCCGUCGCUCGCAGUCAGUCAUAACACACAACAAUGUUUUCUGUGAUGAUCCAAAUGAGUGCACACAGUUUGCACAGCUGUUUGCUCUGUGUUACUCUGAGUUUGGUGCUGCUAAGUGAAGUUGCCGUAACAACAACAAGCAGGGGAGAUCCGAGUGUCCGUGAAGCUCGGUCAGUGGGUGGUCAGGUGGUUCAACCAGUGGACUGUGCUUUAUCAGUGUGGAGUGCUUGGUCACGCUGCGACACCUGUCAGAAGAAGAGAUAUCGCUAUGCUAAGCUGGAGCAGCCCUCUCAGUUUGGAGGGGAGCCGUGCAGCGUCCAUGGCAGGGAGGAGGAGGCCUGCAUCGUUCCAGCCCGCUACACCUGUGACAACGUUCCUCUCUGUGAAGGAUUCCUCUGCACCCAGACUGGUCGCUGUAUUCCCAGACCGCUGCAGUGUAACGGGGAGGAUGACUGCGGGGACAUGUCAGAUGAAGCAGGCUGUAAGACGCUCUCUAAGCCCUGCAGGCAGGAUGCUGAGGAGUACUGGGGAAUUGAAAAUCUUGCCAAAGGAAUAAACGUCUUGAACAGUAACCUGGAAGGAAUGGUGCUUGAUAACAGAUACUAUGCAGGCAGCUGUCUGCCUCAUUAUAUCCAGGAUGUCAGAUUCAGGAAGCCUUACAACUUACACCAGUACACACUGCAGACAAAAGGCACUUAUGAUUUCACCCUGCAGUCUUUCGACUCAUACUCUGACUACAUGGACCACACCGUUAAGGAACGCACAAGCAAAACCACCGUUUCCAUUGGCUUUGGCUUUCCAGGAAUAUUUGAAUUUGGAUUCAACUACAAUAGUGACAAAUACUCUAAGUCAGUCCAGAAGAUUCGCCGUGUGUCUGGCAAGACCAACAGCUUUGUGAGGGCGAAAGCAGAACUGGAGUUGGCCCAGUACAUGUUGAAGUCAGAUGAUUUGAUGCUUCAUCCAGAGUUUCUGCAGCGUCUGCGCGCCCUGCCACAGACUUAUGUUUAUGGGGAAUACAGACAGAUCUACAGAGACUAUGGCACCCACUACAUCACUGAGGCUGCACUCGGAGGAGACUAUGAGCACACCAUCAUCUUGAACAAGGAGAGGCUGGAGAAGUCAGAUUAUUCCUUGGACGACUACAAAUCUUGCAUGCAGGUAGGCCUUAAGGUUGGCUUGAACGUAGGUGUUUAUGUGACGGGUGGGAUUCAAGGUGGAUCCUGUGACGGUCUUUUGAAUGAAAUGGGAGCGGACACAGUAAAUGGCAGCAUGGUGGAGGACUUUGUUGCUGUUGUGAACGGUGGAAGUAGCGAAUCCAUCACUGCUUUGGUGUCGAAGAACCUUCCCACCCCAGAGCUGAUGAGGCUAUGGGGCGAAGGUGUGCGCUUCAACCCUGACUUCAUUCGCAAAACGACUCGGCCGCUGUAUGAGCUGGUGACCUCCAGAGACUUUUCCCAUUACACCACCUUGAAAAGAAACUUGAAGAGAGCCCUGUCAGAGUACCUGGCGGAGGCUAGUUCAUGUCGCUGUGCUCCCUGUCGCAACAAUGGAGUGGCUGUUAUGAGAGCAGGGACAAGGUGUGACUGUGUGUGUCCUGUUGGUUACUCUGGGUGGGGCUGUGAAAUCACUACCAGGCGAAAAGAAAUUGCCAUCGAUGGCAGCUGGAGCUGCUGGGGAACGUGGUCGUCCUGCAGCGGAGGACAAAUGACAAGGACUCGACAGUGUAACAACCCGACACCCAGCAACGGAGGCAUGACAUGCAGAGGACUGGAGAAAGAGUCUACUGAUUGCUUUUAAAAAUCCCCGAUGUCAAGGAUGUCAUGGUGUGUUUGUCUUUGACUGCCUAAGUGUGACUUAAUGAUUCAUAUUUGAAUAAAAACGCACCUAAAUUGGA